CCAGUCGAGGGCGUAGAAGACAGUUUGAUAUUUUUUGAGGAGGGCACAACUAGCCUACUCAUUUAAAUGCAAACGUUAAUUUUUUGGGGGAACAAGUAAAGCUAAAUUAAAUAGUGUAGUGAGGGGCGUGGAAAGUAUCUGCUAUCUGAUGAGUUGCAUCUGAAAAGGAUGGAGGGGCGUCUGGUUUGAAAGGGGGGCUAGGACAGAUAAGGAGGGACCGGGUUGAUUCCAGUGUUAAAACAGGAGAGGAACCGCUCUGUUAACUGUGGCUAAUGUGGUCUGGGGAGCGCGGUGUGUAUGGGGCGUCGGGACUGUGGGGCGGUACCACGGCACAGAACUUCCCCGUUCUUGAGGCAGUAUUUUUCAGGCACGUUCCAUCUUUAACCGAUAUGCUGCUGACCUGUUGACGCCAGAUCAGCUCCGUGAGUUUUAAAAAGUGGUCCUGAAUCAGCGCACGACGGAUCGCUCCAUGAAAGUCGCUGUCCAGACGAUCAAAACGUAUUGCGUGCUAUAUAUAUACAGACUGCGACAUGUGCACAUUUACAACAGUUAUAUGACGAAGUGCACGAGCUUUGGACUUUACACAUACAUUGGAAAAUAUCGGAGACUGUACAAUUAUCCUGUCGGUGGGCACGUACAGUAAAGCGAAGCCAAGUUGCGACGCAUGCGCAAACCCGAACAACUUUAGAGCAGAACAAAGUUUCAAAGCUCACGAGGAAGCGAGGGGAGGAAUGGAAAGCAUGCGUAGGGAAGAGGGAGAGUGAGUAAGGCGUGAUUCAGCGCUUCGGGAAGUAUCUGCGCUGGAGCCGCGCGGCGCACACCCACGUGCAAAGUGUGUCCCAAUACCUAAAUUUUACAUUAUAAGAAUCCGGUUAACUUACGUCUAGGAGAAACGAUUUCAAAUAUAGCGCCCUGAGCAUUCGUAUGGAUUCGGGGCUGACUGCGGAAUCGACUUCUUCGAGUACCUAGGGAACGGGGGGAGACCCAGAAGAUGCAGCAGGACCCCGUGUACGACUACCCCGAGCCGCAGCGCGAGAAGCGCGUCUGCCCUCUGCGCGGCUCCCUGAAGAGCAUCAGUGUGCUGGACCGCCUGCUACUGACGCAUCCCGUCUGGCUGCAGCUGUCCAUCAACGCGGCGGCGGCCCUGCAUGUCCUGCAGAGAGAGCCGCCCAGGGUGAGGCGUAGUGCCUGUCCUGUCCACCCCCCCAUCCCAAAUGCAGCAGGAACCCAAACCCGAGUGCCUGUCCUGUCUCCCCCCACAGCCUUCUCCCUGGAGAGCUCCGCCAUCAGCUUUCCCGACCUCUGCAGGCUCAUAGCCUUCUACUGCAUCAGCAGGGACGUCCUGCCGUUCACGCUGGAGCUCCCAGAGGCCAUUUCUAAGGCUACCUCGCACAAGCAGCUCGAGUCCAUCUCGCACAUGGGCAUCGAGUUCUGGAGCUCACCGCUGAAUUUCCGUGGGCCGCGAAACGGGCCACCGGCUGCAGAUGAGGCAGCACCCCACACUGCUCUGGAGGCUGUGGACUGCGGCACGCCACAAGAGGGCAUCACCCCGCUGGAGGAGUUCUGCCCCAUCCGCACGCGGAGCCCGCUGGAGCUGGACUGCGGCCCAGGCCGUGGUGCCCUCUGCUUCAUCAACCCGCUCUUCUUGCAGGAGCAGCCCCUCCGCGGGGCCCCGCACCGGCGCCACCAGUUCCAGCGGAGCCUCAAGGUGCGCGUCUCCACGGAGACCUCCAGCCCGCUGUCGCCGCCUGCUGCCCCACCCCCACCGCCACCACUACUGGCGAAAGGCACACGGCACAAAGCCCCCGGAGGGGAGGGAGCCACCCAGCCGGCGCCCUCGGCGCCAUCCGCUCCCCCUGAGGAGGAAUCGGAGUACCUGCAGCCCUCCUUGCAGAAGAGGGCCGGCCCUGGUGUCGGCUCCUUCAGGAGGACCCCAGCCCUGUCGCCCACUGUAGAGGAAGACGACUACCAGUCCCCCAAGGCCCUGUCUAAGCAGGGUCUGGCUGAGCCCGGUGCGGCCGAGGAGGUUGAGACGGAUCCGGCGCUCCUGCUGGGCCAGAGACGUGCACCAUCCCUUAGCGAGCUGGACAGCAGCAGUUCCCUGAGCAGCCUGGAGGAGGCGGAGGAGAGCCCCACGCGCACCCCGCUGGAGCGAGGCACCAGCUUCCCGGUGGCGUCUGGGCGGCCUGCCCGGCCCAUCUCCACGCUGCGCAAGAUGAGCGUCGUCUUCAUGUCGUUCUUCACGCCGGGGAAACGCGUGGCGCGGCUCGUGGAGGACCUGGCCCGGGACCGGCGUACCGCCUUCGGCACCCUGGUGCAGGACUUCCUGCGGCGGCAGCGGGAGGAGACCGGCCUUGCCGGACAGGCCUCGGCCACCGUGCUGCUCCAGGACCUGCGGACCUUUCUGUCACAGGCCAAGAACUUCCUGCUGGACUGUAGGGAGCUGGAGCCGCCCAUCGAGACCCUGGUCCCAGAGCAGGAGAAAGACCUCGCUCUGGAGAAGGCCAUGUUCCGCUGCGUCCUGAAGCCGCUGAAGAGCCGACUGGACGCGGCCCUUCGCACGAUCCACGUUCAGGAUGGCUCCCUUCGGCUGAUGGCUGACGGACUGUGCAGGGCCCAGCAGGGGGCGCUGGAGUGCCUCGGUGUGCGGGUGGCGGUGCCGGAUGCCGGCGGCGUGGAGCAGGUGCGGCAGAAGCUGGUGCUGAUGCAGAGGGCGUACUCCCCUAUGGACAAGCUAGUACUACUGCUACAGGUCUGCAAGGCCGUGUACAAGGCGAUGGCAGCCAACACUGGAGGACAGGAGUUCGGCGCUGAUGAGUUCCUGCCGGCCCUGUCCUACGUCCUGGUGCAGUGCAACGUUCCUGAGCUCCUCAUCGAGGUUGAGUACAUGAUGGAGCUCCUGGAGCCCGCCUGGCUUACAGGGGAGGGCGGAUACUACCUGACAAGCGUCUAUGCCAGCCUGUGCCUGAUCCAGAGUCAGCCGGAGGCGGUGCCGCCCGGUGGGCUGACUCGUAAGGCCCAGGAAUCCCUCAGGGAGUGGAGUCAGCGGCGGAGCAAGGAGGGCCAGAACCAGAACCAUCAGAGGUUCGUGCGAGUCCUGUUUCAGGACGGGGACCUCAGCUCUGCCAAGACCCUUCAGUGGAACGAGUCCCAGACCGCUGAGGCUCUGGGCCAGCUCUGCGCUGCCAAGUUUGGCGUAGCCGACCCGGAGCAGUACGCCCUCUACUGGCGCACCGGCGAGGAGGUGCAGCCUCUCCAACCUGAUGCCCAGAUCCAGGACCUGCAGAGCCAGAUGGGUGCCAUCCCCUCCCUCACCUACCAGCCCCGUGACGAGGAUGCUAGCAGGAUACGCAAGCUCACCAGAGGUGGCGCUGUGGACCUGGGAGAGACCAACUGAGGCCACUUCUAACCUACGGGGUUGCUGUGUUUUUUCAGUCUAACAAGUAGCAAUCCAAACAAACCAGUCCACCACUAUGACUCUGGAUCCAUUAGCAUUCAGCUUUUCCAGUUACUUUUAGUUUAUUUAGCUUAAUGAUCGUUUUUCUGCCAAACCGGGACCUGAGGUCGACAUAAGUGGGUUAUAGGUCCACAGCCUAGAUUUGGUCUUCAGGGGACGUGUGACCCAGACCCAGUGGUGGGAGAGAAACAGGAGCUCUCUGGACCGUCCUCAUCAUCUCACAGCCAUCUGCCUGAAGCUUUCAUUCCUCUGUGCACCAUCACUAUCGAGCAGCACAGUCCCUAUAUGUAGUUCGGCAUUGAGGUCCAUUUGCAUCCUAAUCGCUGCUGUUUCAAUGCAAGUUUAUAUUUAUUUAUUGAGUGGGAGGCUUUUUUUUUAGGACUUAGUGGUAUGUACAAGAACAGGGAGUGAACACCAGAAAGCAGUGUUCAAACUGGGGGGUCGGGGGGUCUGCCAAGAGAAAAUGCACCGGGGGGGGGAGUCCCUUAAAAUGACCAGAUUUAGGGGCGUUUCUCAAUACCAAGAACACAAAGAUCACACUUGUGGUCUUGACAAGACCAGACUUGCUAACUUGCCCUCCAAGAACGAACUUGGGGCGCAAUGCAUCAUGGGAUUGGUUUUGUUUUAAGAGGAUGCAGCCAAUGCAAGCUCGAUAUUUGGGGCGGGACAAGAACAACAUCCAAGUAUUUUUACCGUCUUCCGUACUUCUGUUCUUGAUUAUGGGAACUGGUCUUUGGUAAUGGAAGACGACGUAAAACUGGUAACCAAAAACACAAGUACAGUCAACAAGUACACCGAUCGAGAAAUACCCUUAGUGCCACCGCUGUCCCCCCGAUCAGAGAGGGAGGUGACCGUAAAGAUGCCCGGUUCCAGAGCGUGUCCCACAGGGCAGAUGCAUAUCGGCUCCGAUCCUGCUGGAGUUUCUGGAGUGACGCAGGCUUUCGGAGAGACAGACGGGAUGGAGAGUCCCUGUUCCGGGACGGCAUUUGUCCUUACCGUUACGUUUGUGCCUGUUACAUUAGUUGAAGAGUAUGACUGAGUCAGAUUGUGUUAGCUUCUCAUGCAUGCAAGUCAUCAUCUGAAAACUAUUUAUUUAUAUUGAAGAAAAGGUUUCUGAACUUGAUUUACUUUUAUUUUGCGUGCGGCGCGUGCUGUAUGUGUGUGUGCGUGUUGUAUGCUGGCAUCUGACUAUAUUGCACUUCCGUUGACUAUUAAUCUGUCCCAUUUCUGUAAUAUUGCAGUAUGAACGUUGAUGCAGAGAAUGCCUCACAGUGUCUAGGUCUGUUUCAGUUCCUUUUUUUUUAUCUGUUUCCAGUUUUUUUUAAUGGGUUGUGUAGUGAACAGUUUCUGCAUAAUUAUAUUAAAUAUUUUGCACAUUCCAUGGAGAGUAACACAGCUGUGUUCUGCUCUGAAUAAGGCCCUGAAGACCUGUGAUGAUCUCUGUCGUGCAGCUUCUCUUGAUAAGUAACUGUUAUUCUAGGGCCUUCCGGAAGCCUCAAUUCGCUGUGGGAAAAAAACAGAGGCUGGUUGAUUUAUAAAUCGUGCUGGUAUGUCUGUGCCUACGCUUGAUAAAGCUGUACUGUAAAA